AUGAGCCCGUGUAUUGCAGCCGAAGAGAUGAUUAAUGUGCAAAAGGUGCAAGUGAUUAUAGGGAUGCACACAUGGCCAGAAGCAGCUAUAAUGGAAGAUAUAGGAAGCAAAGCUCAAGUUCCUAUCAUAUCCUUUGCAGCACCUACCAUUACCCCACCUUUGAUGAAUAAUCGAUGGCCUUUUCUAACCGGAAUUCACAACAUAAUCUACAAAGAUGAUGGGUAUGGUGGAGAUUAUGGGAUGCUAACCCUGUUAGGUGAAGCCCUUCAAGAUGUGGAUUCAAUGAUUGAGCACUGCUUAAUCCUUCCCUUGAUUUCUUCUCUACAUGAUCCAGGAGAGCUAAUUAGUAAAGAGAUGAUUAAGUUAACCCAAACACAGUCUCGUGUGUUCAUAGUGCUGCAAUCAUCAUUAGAAAUGGAAAUUCAUGUGUUCAAAGAAGCUUCAAAAGUUGGACUAGUGGAUAAAGAAUCGGUUUGGAUGAUCCCGGAGAGCAUAGCUAAUUUGCUGGACUCUGUCAAUAAGUCUGCUAUAUCUUAUAUGGAAGGUGCUUUAGGAAUUAAGACCUACUACUCGGAAAGAAGCAGGGAGUAUAAAGAAUUUAAGGCUCAAUUCCAGAGAACGUUUUGGUCAAAGAAUCCAGAGGAAGAUAACCGAUACCCAGGAUUUUAUGCUCUACAAGCAUAUGAUAGCAUUAACAUUGUAACUCAAGCUUUCAACAGAAUGACCAGUAGGAACAAUAGCAGCCCAAAAUUUUUACUAAGCGAAAUACAGUCUAGCAAUUUCAUUGGUUUAAGUGGCCAUAUUCAACUUGAAGCUGGACAAGUCAUGCAGAAGAAUCUUGUCCUAAGGAUAGUUAAUGUGGCUGGGAAAAGUUACAAGGAAUUAUGUUUUUGGACCGAACAGCAUGGCUUCACUACAAUCAACCAUGCAGGACAAGGUGGAAAUAAGGUUACUGGAAAAACAGAAUGUUUCAGGGGUGUCCACUGGCCUGGGAAUUUAGACCGUGGUCCAAAGGGCUGA